AUUUAAAGUGUUAUAAACGCUUGAUAGGGAACUAUUUUUUAAAAUGAAUAAACCGAGUUAUUAUCCCAAUUAUUAUUCAAUUGACGAUAUAAUGGUUACGCAGGAACGCAUACCUUGUCGAGUACUUCAAAAUGUCUAUGGAUUAGGUUUCCUUGAUUCAUCCGAAAAGACUGAACAUCUAGAGGCAAACCAACAACUGGAGCUACCGCUUUGGUAUCUGCUGCAGCAAGAUGAACGGAAUCCAAACUUCCAAUUAAUAGUUCCUGAAAUUUUCACUGCUGCAUACAAAGAGAUUUAUAAAGCAGAUGCCACGUACGUUGAGCUAGGCAAACUUAACAAAUUUUAUUAUGAGUUGGGUAUGUACUUAUGUAAGUUUGAAUCUGGAGAUGACCUUGCCGGAAUGCUCCUUGAUACAGCCCAAGAAAGAAUAAAAGCGAUCAAAGACAUGUGUAAUAACGUAAACAGUGAAAAUCUAAUGGAUAACAAGAACUUGGAAUACAUAGAACGGAUCCUAUAUGAGUCAGGAAGUAAAAAUCUCAAAAUGUUCUCCGAUUGGUUGCAAGAGAAAUCCGUUAAUAUCAAAUCGACACAGUUAGUAACUAAUCAUCACAAAAGAAAACGAGACGCAAUAGAAGGCGAUGAUCGUGCUUCUCAAUCUUCCCAGCGCAGUUCUAUGUAGAAAUAGUUCACUUUUAAAUUUUAUUGGAAUAUUACAUCAAACUAUAAGUGAACGUGUGUUAUCCUUUUGAAGUCAUUCCUUUCAAUGAUGAGCCUUCUCUUGAGGAGCAUCAACGUGCUGGUCCUCUGGAGCGUGCGGCCAAAAUGUCGGACGAUUAGCUGGAUCCAAA